CUUAUAUUUCUAGAAAGCAAUGGACCACUUAUCAGUGUAUUCUAUGUUUAUAAAAGCACAUAUAACAAAUCUUGUGAAACUUUUGGACCCAAAAACUAUACUAUAUGUGUGCAUGGUUGUAUUAGUAACACUAUGGAUUUAUUGGUUGUUUUGUGUACCCUUUGUGUGGAUAAAGUAUUUGGACGAUGUAAGUUACUCCAAAGUGUCGAAAAGAGAAGAUUUCUGUCGUAAUAAUAAUAAGCGCGAUGCAAUAAACCGCAUACGAAAAGCAAAAAAAAACAGUUCAAAUGAAAUGCCGCCACCAUUUCCAAACGGAUGGUAUGCCAUUCUAGAAUCAUCGAAAGUCCGACCUGGGGAAGCAAAGUUUGUAGCAUGCUUGGGAGAGAAACUUGUUGUCUAUCGCACACAAAAGCAUAAAGUGUUUAUUUUGGAUGCAUAUUGUCCCCACUUAGGGGCUAACUUAGGCGUUGGUGGACGAGUUGUUGGUGAUAACAUUGAAUGCCCAUUUCACCAAUGGAGUUUUCGGGGCGAAGAUGGGAGCUGCAAUAAUAUUCCAUACAGCACUUCAAUUCCUCGCGGUACCAAUGUUAAGAAAUGGAUUUCGCAGGAAGUGAAUGACUUUAUAUUUAUUUGGUACCAUGCUGAAUCUACGGAUCCUUGGGAGCUUCCUGUAACUAUGGAAAUUCAAGAGAAAAAAACCUCUUACCACGGCCGAAAUGAAUUUUACAUCAAUUGUCAUAUUCAGGAGAUACCAGAAAACGGCGCUGAUAUGGCGCACUUCAGCGCUAUUCACAGCGAAAGUUUUCUUGCUGGUAGUUUAGCGCCCAGUAAAAGUCUUCUGGGCCUGUUUGGAUGUCAUAAAUGGAAUGCAAGAUGGUUACCGGGUACAGGAGAAGAGAAGCACGUUGCUGAAAUAACUCUCACUCACUCCUUACAAAUAAUUAGAAAGGUUCAUUGUUUUCUUAUGAAUGUGUUUGUGAAACAGAUCGGUCCAUCAUUCGUUUACCUAAAAAUGAAUUCAUCGACUUUUGGACAAAUCCAAGUUUUGCAAACGAUAACACCGAUUGAGCCUUUGCUUCAAAAAGUGGUUCAUCGAUUUUAUGGGCCGCGUUGGCUAGGCCCCCUAUUAAAAGUUUUAAUUUGUGCAGAGAGUGUAAUGUUUGAACGAGAUAUCAAUAUGUGGAAUCAUAAAGUUUUUCGCCGCAAUCCGAUACUGGCUAAGGAAGACUCUUCUAUAAAACAAUUUCGAAUGUGGUAUUCACAAUUUUAUACAUCCAGUAGCAAACAAUUCUCAGAAGUGAGCAACGAUGGUUGGUGAACUAAUCGCGAAAAGCGAAACCGUAUAUGCAAGCUCGAAGAAAUUGAAUACUUUUAAGGAAAAAAAUAAUGAAAACGGUUAAUACUGAUGUGUGUUGCUUGUGCCAGUCAUUAACAAUUACUAGUAAAGAUUAUGUUGAGUUCCGCCAAAAAGUCCACCAGGUCGAAAAUCAAGUCAAUAAAAACAGGUUUCCAUGUAUUUA